UAUCCUUGUACCAAUCUCCAAACAAGAGCAGUAAAGUAGCCAUCCUACUCUGACUGUAUUCUACUUCAACUCUUCAAGAACAAACACCACUUGUACAGAAGGUCAGACAUGUCUGGUGAAGGAGAGCAGUGCAACCAGAGGAACUCAAGAUGGUCUCUUCAGGGGAAGACGGCUCUGGUUUCCGGCGGAACCAGAGGCAUAGGGGCUGCUAUAGUCGAGGAACUGGCCGGAUUCGGAGCCGCAGUCCACACGUGCUCCCGGAAUCAGACGGAGCUCGACGAAAAGGUCCGGGAAUGGCAGGCAAAAGGCUUCAAAGUCACCGGCUCCGUUUGUGACCUGUCGUCCAGGGAACAGAGGGUGGAGCUCAUCGAGGCCGUCUCCUCUGUCUUCAAUGGCAAGCUUAACAUCCUUGUGAACAAUGCAGCAAUUAGUAAGAUGAGGAAAGCGAACGAUUAUAAUCCCGAGGAAUUUUCAAACAUUAUUCAAACAAAUUUUGAGUCACCAUACCACUUGGCACAACUGUCUUACCCCCUCCUCAAGGCAUCUGGAAACGCAAGCAUUGUUUUCAUCUCCUCUAUGGCUGGCGCCACUGCAUUGCCUGCCCUCUCCAUUUAUGGAAGCUCUAAAGCUGCUAUAAACCAGUUGACCAAGAAUCUGGCAUGUGAAUGGGCAAAGGAUGGCAUCCGAGUCAACACGGUUUCACCCUGGGCCGUCAAAACCACAAUCAUGAAGCCUGAAGACAUUGAUCCGGCAAUACAGGCAAUGUUUGGUCCAAUUAUGAUGAGAACUCCAGUGAAGCCGUUGGCAGAAGCCGACGAGAUAUCGCCGUUGGUGGCAUUUUUUUGCCUGCCGGCUGCUUCCCACAUCACCGGUCAGGUUGUCCAAAUUGAUGGAGGCUACACCGCCGGUGCUUUCCAUUUCUAGAUAUAUAGUACCAUUUGUAUUGUAUUUUCAUACAACGUACUAAUUCUAGCUUAUUUCUAUUUUCCUUCCUAAUAAGUUUAAUA